UAGAAUAACAGUGCAUCAUCUUAGAGAAAUGUGUUGAAAGUGAGCAGAGGAAAAUUACAAAUUAAGCAGGUAACCCUAGGAUAGUAGGAACAUCGAGAUGACAGGAACAGUGGCAGUGUCUGAUCAGAUUGCCAAGGACCCCAAACUUCGCCUAGCUGACGUACAACAACUAAGGGAAUGGCUCAAGAAACAGCCACACCUGCCUCAGGCCCUCCCAGACGAGUAUCUCGUAGCUACAAUACACAGUUCGGAGUACAGUGUGGAGCAAGCCAAACAGUUGUUGGUAGCCAAUGUCACCAGCAGGACUAACUAUGUAGAGAUCUUCCACAACAGGGACCCCUUGGCUAAAGACAAGCAAGCUAUCUGGGACCUACUAAACCUAUGGGUGAGCACUAACGUGACCAAAGACAAGCACCGUAUUUUGUUCGGCGGCCUCAAGAACUACGAUCCCGAGCUGUUCAACUUCCCCUCCCUGCUGAGUGUGUUUGUCAGUGUUGUGGACACCACCAUACAGGAGUUGGGGGUUUGUCCAGGAUAUGUUAUAGUACUGGACUGUAGAGGGGUUACUCUCUCACACCUUGCAAGGGCCAACGUCUCACUGAUCCGCGACAUACUCAACUUUGUACAGGACGCUGUUCUAAUCAAGAUUAAGGCGAUACAUGUAAUCUUCGUUUCUCCAGUUAUUGACAAGAUUAUGUUUGUUGUGAAACCAUUCCUUAGGAAAGCUCUAUUAGAUAUACUCUACUUCCACACAGGGGAAAUGAAGGAUUUCUACAAUGAGGUUCCACGUGAACUUCUUCCUCCAGAAAUUGGGGGUACCUGGUCCAGUCACAAGCAACUAAAUGAGCUAUCACGGGACAGACUGGAGCGACAGAGAGACUGGUUGAAGGAGACAGAGCGUUGGGUGAUAGACGAGAGUAAAGCUCCGGACAACAAGAAAGACAACUACAGCGUCGCAGGGUCUUUCCGCAAACUGCAGCUGGACUGAGUGAUAUAAACAUUGAUGAACUUUUGACUGCCCAUAGAAGUAAACACCCCCCAUGUCGAAGCUGUGACCAGUUUUAAGAAUGAUAAUGAAUGAAGUUGAACUGAGCCAUUGAGUUGUAGUGAGUUGAGUGUCAAUUACAAAUGUCUGUUCAAUAGGCUAAGCCAAUCUAAAUAGGACAACUUAUUUUAUAUACUACAUAAUCUUUUAUGUCAUACCCGGGUGUUAAAAUAUAAAAAAUACAAUUUUGUUAUUACUGCACUCUAUUAGCGCUCAUUCAAAUAAAAUAAUAGGCUGAAACUGAUGUAUAUAGAUUGGAUGUCUAAUUUAUUGAUCAACAGUUAAUGAAAGCCUGUCACAAAGCUGUAUUGAUAGUCAAAGGUUGAACUUAAAAGAUCAUUCCGUAGAGUCUAUGAGCAAAAAACCGUAUAUUUCAGAUUAUGAAAAUGUAAAUAUGCAUUGUGUUCAACAUUGUUGAUUCAUAUCUGAACAAUUUUGAAUUAUGUUAAGUUAAUGCAAUAAUUGCAAUACAUUAGAAUAUGUAAUGUAUGUUAUAUGUGUAAAAUAAGUAUGUAUGAGUAUGGAAUAUGAGUGUUGGCUCAAAAUAUGUCAUAGAAAAUAUUUUACAGACAAAUUGUGUCAAUCAUUGAGUAGUGCAUCAAAAAUUUAAUUGUUUAAGUUGGAAGAUGUUUUUUUUUUCUGAAGAGACUAACACCUUAUCAACGGGAUGAACAAGUUAUAAAAAUCAGAUACAAAGUUCUUAGUUUAAAUUAAGUUCACUAUAAUAUAAUUUUAUGUAUUAUCAUUUUUAAUUUUUUU